AUGGGGCCCCCGGGCAAUAGGGGAUCAUGGGGCCCCUGUGUCCUUGCCCAAACUCAAAAAAGCCUAUGAAAAAGUGAUGGGAUGUGGGGCCCAAAGGAGAGGUCAGAGUCUAAGAUUACAUUUAGCACCCUGGCAUGAGGGGAAGGACCAAUGGUUGUCCACUGACAGGGGCGGACUGGCAACUCAUGGGGCCCCCGGGCAAUAGGGGAUCAUGGGGCCCCUGUGUCCUUGCCCAAACUCAAAAAAGCCUAUUAAAAAGGUACCAGGGGCAUCUCAUGGGGCCCCCUACUGACCCCGGGCCCUCGGGCAGUGCCCGAGUUUCCAAAUGGUCAGCCCGCCCCUGGGUCCACAUAUGACUUUAUUCCAAAAAAA